AGUUGAGCACUAAUUCAAAAUAAUUGACUCAUCGUCUGUUUAUUUUAAAUGUUUUUAAUUGAAUAAAAGUCUUGUGACCAAGGGAGAUAUAGAUAGAUAUUUCCGUUACAGUUCGUAGUGAAGUGCAGUUGAAGAAAGUUUCGGAUUAAUCUAUUUGCUCAAUGAGAAAAGUUUUAUUGAGCGUCUGUGAAAAUGGUUAAAAUAGAAAGAAAGCCUGGCCAGGCCGGUAAUUUAGUACCUUCUAAGAGUGGAUCUACACAGAACAUGGCAUCAAAUAUCAAAGUUGUGGUGAGAGUCCGACCUUUGAACGAUAGGGAACUGGGCCAAAACAGUCGCAUAGUGGUGGACGUUGUUGACGAUAGGAUGCUCGUGUUUGACCCCAAAGAAGAGAUUCGACCGUUUUUCUAUCAAGGAGUUCAGCAGCCAAACAAGAACUUUUUGAAACGUGCCAAUAAAGAGUUGAAAUUCGUGUUUGAUAAUGUGUGUAGCCAGAAUGCAUCAAAUAAAGACGUUUUUGAAACUACAACAAAGGACAUGUUGACUUCUUUGAUGGAGGGAUAUAACUGUUCAGUGUUUGUGUACGGUGCUACUGGUGCUGGGAAAACAUUCACGAUGAUUGGAAGCAAGGAAAAUCCGGGUAUAACUUACUUGACAAUGGAACAUUUGUUUUACACUAUAAACUCAUAUGAAAAAGAAAGAGAGUUUGACAUAGGUGUUUCUUAUAUUGAGGUGUACAAUGAGAAUGUAUAUGAUUUACUAAAGCCAUCAAACACCCCAUUACAACUCCGAGAGGACUCCAAGUACGGGGUGAUGGUGGCAGGGCUCACUCUGAACAACAUCAAGACGGCCCGGGAGCUUCUCAACAUGCUGGAGGAUGGAAACAAGAACAGGACUCAGCAUCCGACUGAUGCCAAUGCAGAAAGCUCUAGGAGUCAUGCUGUUUUUCAGGUGUAUGUUAAGAUGCGUUACAAGACGAGCAGCCAGCUGCGUCUUGUCAAACUGUCUAUGAUUGACUUGGCGGGUAGCGAGCGCGCUUCAGCUACGGGCUGUGUCGGUGAGCGGUUCAAAGAGGGUGCUAACAUCAACCGCAGCUUGCUGUCUUUGGGAAACUGCAUCAAUAAAUUGGCAGACGGAAGCAGUUAUAUUCCAUACAGAGAUUCAAAGCUUACGCGCUUACUCAAAGACAGUCUCGGCGGUAACUGCAAGACGGUUAUGAUAGCAAACGUCUCCCCGGCACAUAUCAGUUAUGAAGACACUUACAAUACUCUUAAGUACGCUGCUCGGGCUAACAAAAUACAGCUUAGUAUAAAGAAGAACAUAGUCGAUGGAGAUAUGAGGUUGUCUCAAUAUGUGAAGAUAAAUGAGGAAUUGAAGAAGAAGGUGAAGGAAUUGGAAGCCAAGUUGUCACUGUCCAGUGUUAAGGUGGUGAAUAAGGAGCCGGAUCUGGCUAAAGAGAAAGCAAAACAAGAAUGGCGUCGCCGCCUAACUGAAGAAAACUCUACACACAGCAAGUUGGAAGAUCACCUGCUGUCUCUGAUGUCUCGCCAGAGGGUGCUGGCGCUGCGGCAGCGGCUCAGGACGAGGGCCUUCACUCAUGUCGCCGACUUAGCGCAUAGGUCCUCUUGUGAGGCCAUGGAGCAGAUGUGCACCGAAGACAUACCUCGACAAGAGCGCGCACUCGAAAGUUACAUGAAACAAUCUGUCAGCUUGGAUUCUAAAGUCAUAAUUGCCUGGUCGAAAUGGGAUGACAGUAGGAAGAAACUGAAAAUCAUCUGUGACCAAGCUACCUCUGAUUGUCCAGAACUCUCAGAUUUCGUCGAAAAUAUUCAGUUACAGAACGAACUGAGGUUUAUUAAAGCGAGAGACGAUUUAAGGCAAAAACUUCUCUUAAUAGAACAUGAGGAAAUUAACGCUUUCACUGAAUAUAUGAGCGAUAUGCCUAGCAUGUUGAAAAAACUGUACCUGACUCUCAAAGGUUACGACAAAGUGACGCCAGCAUUAAAAACAGAAUACCUUGACCUGAUGAAGAAAGCCAAAUUGGCUAAAGGGAUAUCCUGGUCUGAUAAGGACGUAGAAACUGACGCUCACUUCAAAUUCAUUUCAAAUCUAGACUUAGACAAUCCAACGACGUCUCUAGACUUUAGUAAUACUAAGAAUGACGAUAUUAAUGCUACCGUAGAUAUAGUAACUGAUAGUGAUGAUUUGACAGACGUAGAAAAUAAAGAACCGGUUAAAGUGUGCGCUAAACGGAAAGGCACUCCUAUCAAAUUGGUGAAUAAUGAAACUAUUGUAAUUAACGAUUCAUUCGAGCUAAUGGACACAACGAGAAAUAUUAACUCAGCCAAGAAAGUGAAGAGGGAAUAUGGUAUUGCACCUGAGGUGGAGAAUUUUAUUGAUCCGAAUGACUUGAAUUCCACUUUCGUGCUGGGGGGUAAAGUUGAGAUCACCAAGAAGCAAGUGAAGGUGGAACCGAGACCGGAACCAAUUAAGAGAGGACUCACAGACAGGACAAAUACGAUACAGAGGACUAUCACCUUCAACGACCGAAAUGCGAAAGUUGUGAAGCCGGUAAUCGGCAAGGCGAUGCCGUUCCGGCGGCCGGCCGCGCCGCCCCGGAGCACGGCCGGCUUCGGAUCCAGUUUGUCAAGGGACGGUACACCAUUGCAGAGGAAUGUACAAGAUUUCGGCCGUGGUAAGACAAACAAUGAAAGAUCAGUUGGUUACAAAGCAGUGCGCGCCCGAGAGAGGUUCCAGAACCAUCCAUACAGCAGGCCGCCGGGAUCGCUGCAUGCCAGGAAAUGAACAAGGACUUCGUGAGGAAGAAAUCUGUACAGUCAACACUACAUCAUAUCAAGUUAACCUACAUUUGCAGUGGAUUCGGGUAGGUUUAUGUGGUGUUGACUGUACAAAUGAGUGAUUGUGUAAAAAGAAAAUGUUUUAUGAUAAACGCCAAAUAAAUAAUGUUUAGACUUUUUGCGUAAGACAUAACGGGAUAAAAAUGACAAAUUAAGUUAUUGUAUUUUCUAAAUGUAUAUUAUAAUAUCUAGAGCAUAUUUCGAACCUACAUUUAAUUAGGCUCAGUUCAGCUCAGCACGUAGGCACAGCAGCCGCGGCAUUAUUAAUGUGUAGCUUUAAACAAUUUCAAGCCUUUUCACAACAACCUUGAUCUAGACUGGAUUAGGUUCCCUUGUUAACAGUAUAGGUCAUACGGGAGUAGCUUUGUUUUGAGUUUCUCACUUGAAAAUGAAGGCCAAAAGCUAAUAAGCUAAGGCUAUAUUCAAAUUUUUUGUUGAAUGAUUGUACAGUCGGCCUAGAGCACACCUGUGCCAACUCGCCUUAACGUUAGUCCAGGUAUCUUCCAGGCCCAUUGUGCUAUUGUAGAUUGACGAAUAACAAAAAUUAAUCACAAUAAUGUCUUUGGAUUUUCUACAAUUUUAUUAAUAUGACGGUCCUUUUAAAAUAAAUAUAAUUUGCCUAUUUCAAAUACAGUCUUAAUAGAAAAUUUAUCACCCGAAAUAAAACGAAACUAACAUUAAUAUUUUGAAAUUUUGCUUAAUCUUACUUCUGCAAGUCACAUUUGGUAUUAAAUAACGAAAGCGAAAUAUUUUUAUCGAGAAAAGACUUACGAAAGUGUUCAAUAAUAUUAAUUCGUGUGAUUUCAACGUCGUAUGAAAUACGGUUAGCUGUUAUAAGAAUUAAUUUUAUUUCAGACUUUAAAUUGCUAAGGGUUUUAUUAAAACAAUUAUUCCGUUGUGAAAAUUGUCAUACGCAUAUAAUUUUCACGAAUAAUUCACAUAUAAAAAUUUAUUCCAAUAACUUAUGUUUUCACCGCGUAUUAAUUAAACAUGUCAUAAAAUUAACAAAAGCGACACCUGUCUAAACUCGUUUUAAUUGAAAGCGAGCUACCAGUGUCUGUUUUCAAACGGCCAGAGCUUUAAAUGCCCUAGUGUUUCCCGGUAUAACUACUGAAACUAGUUUCUGAGUACUGCGUGUAAAUUCUGAAUGUAAUUUACAUUAUAUCGUCGUGUAACACGGAAAACUAUUUGAUAUGCUUGCACAUAUUAAGUUUGUGUUUUCUCGGUGUUAUAUUUGAAAACUUACUGAAUAUAAAGAUUGCAUAUAUGAUCACCAGAGAUCGGAUAUUCGGAUGCAUAUUUACCUAAAGUUGGGGUGUUGGGUUAGUAUGGAACGUACUUCUGUACCUCAAGAAUUCCGGGAUUCGGCAUUGAUACACUUAAUGUUCUAAUUAUGUAUUCGAAUGCAAAUUUACCUAAAGUUGAGGUGUUGGCUUAGUAUGAAAACCAUUUUUAUAGCACAAAAAUUCCGGGAUAUGAUCAUCCAUCACUUAUGUUUAUAAAGGUGUUUAUCAUACCGUAAUAUACGAUAAGUUUCAAUUUCUUGUUUAAUAAAAUUUCCGGGAUUCAAAAUAAUUCGAAUCCCGAAAGCAAGAAGCCGCCUCCAUACUAUUUUAGCCAAAAUAUUAGUUUUGCACCCGAUUAUCCGAUCUCUAAUGAUCACACCUUUUUCCCCGAGUACGCAAGAGUCUAUCUUGCCAUUUGUCAAGAUCUUGCGCACAUCUUACUUCGCUUCAUCCACAUUUAAUUUAAUAUCGACCGUUUACUUUUACGUAUGUUUUUAUUCGUAAACGUAAGUUGAUUCAGAAAAAAAAGACAACGGCGAUCAACUUUAUUAUUUUUAUGAAAUAAUAAUAUAGUUGUUAUAUCUGUUCCAUAUAAAUAUUAAACAAAAAAUACUAUGAAAACAUGUGUUUAGGCACAAGUAAUUUGGAUUUUUCCAGUAAAAAUAUUCAUUUAUAUUGUUUUAUUAUUUGCCACAACUAGGUACUUACAUAGAAAAAGAUAUUAUUGGCCCUUUUAAAAAAAGUUGUUAAAUGACGAUAAAUAAGUUCAUCAAGACAUAAGGAAACUAACUUUUCAAGCGAAUCUUGCAGACACACUUUUAAAUAUAGAUGUAAUUUGAACACUUUCAUAAAGUUUUGGCAAAGGCAUUAAUUAUUGUAUAAUGCAUAUAAAGUUUAAAAAAAAUAUAACUAACAUUUUUAAUAAGACGCCGAGGUAAGGCCAGUAAAUAUUGCAAUUGUUGGUAACAUUUUGGGGGUAAUGUUUAUUGAAUAUAGCUUAUAGCAAUUUGAAUGAUGGUGUUAUAAUCGCCAUUUCUACUUAUUAAUAAUUUCAUUUAUAUAUUUUAAAUUUUUUUGGUGACUUUGUAACUAGUGUUUUAGAUGUAACUUAGUUUUUGAUUAAUUAAACAUUAUAAUUAAGCAUUUAUACUAAGUUUGUAGCUUUAAUAUUUGUAGCUAUUUUGUACGGAAAAAUGUAUUUUCUAUUUAUUUUUAACUGAUGUAAUGUUUUAAAGUUGUAAUAUUUUUAUAGCCUAUUUCGAUUUUUAUGUACAAUUACUGAAUACAAAUAAGUAUGGAUUAAAGUCUGUCGUCAAAGGAAAGUUUCUUUGUUGCUUCAUAGUUUCGAAUUUUAGAGUUGAUUGCGAAGUCAAUCAUAUAACUUGUUUAACAAUUACUGUUUAAAUCCAUAACAAUAAUGUAGACUUUGAAUUUGCAAGUACUGGUGAAUGUGACGGCGCAACAGAUUUUGACACUAUAAUGUUCAUCUCAACACAUUAUUCCUUAAUAUUAAAUUCGGGAUUUAUAUCCUUAUAUUUCGCAUUUUAGGCUUACAGCCUAUAAGUAAGAUUUAACACCCAGUCGAAGAUUAUUGUUACUAACUUAAAUUGAGUAGAAUGCUAUGUUAUAACAAUUAUUUACUAAUUAUGCUAAUGACUGAUUUAUUUUCUAGGCGUUUUUCAAUAUUAUUUGUAAUUGUAUAAUAUAUUCUAAUUAUGAUUGUGUGGAGGUUUGA